UGUACAGCGACCACUUCUUCUCCAGAGCAUCAAACUUGUUGCAGAGAGACAAAGCUGGAUUCCUGGUCGUAAUGCUGCUUCCUCCAGUCCCAGUACUGGUCACACUGACAUUGGAACUACUCCUGGUAAUGGUGGACGUCACUGUACGAGUACCAUCAUCCCGACGAACGACAACGGGAGGAGCUACCAAGUGCAUGAUGGGAUAGAUAGAUCUUAUUCAAUUCCCUCCCCACCCUGGUCGCCACCACUAGUACAUGUAGCUACCUAGCCAGCUGUUGAUGACCCUUGCCAGCACGAUCGAUAAUUUGUUUGACAAUGGGCAGUGUUCAUGAGCUCACUUGGAGGGCAACAAGACGUCCGUUCCACUUUGGUGCUGUGGUCGUGGUGUCGCUCCUUGUCUAAACAUUGUGAGGGAGUAUGCCGUGGCGCCGGAAUGGUUUUGGUGAUUAAGGGGAGCUCCGCUACAAUCCUCUAAGUAACACAAUUCGGCGACCUUAGGCUUCGGGCAGCAAGCGGCUGGACAUGCUUUCACACUUGCCUCCACUAAAUCUGUUUGGACCGUUGUUUCGUCUCGACCUUGGCGUUGACUUCCAGAGAGCACCUCAAAAGCUGCGCCACCACCAAUGUAGGCUCCUUUCGAGCACCCAACCAAGCUAGUGCACGAAAGAAGAAACAAAAAGUAAGUCAAUGAGUUGAAGCCUCCAAUGGUGGUACCGUACUAUUUCAUCCGCUCCCAGCCAAGUACCCAGGUUUUGCCUUGACUAUCUCAAGAGCCAUGCACAAGAUCUUGCCUUCGAGACCUCUACAAGUGAUUGCGUUCUUGUUAGCUUUGGGGUUUCUGAUUCAGCAUUUCAAUGAUAGUCUCUUAAGUGGUCCGGCAUCUGAUGUUGCUAGGCGCUCCAUCACAGCUAUUGAAUCUCCAAAGUCAAACCGAGAUCCUGCUGCGACCAAUGCUACCAAUGCAACCAGAAAUAGCAACAGCAAUAGUGAUCAAGUCUCGACAAAGUCGUUCCCAUCCUUUCAACAUGGAGGCUUCAUUGUUUUUCUACACAUACCCAAGACUGGUGGCACUACCAUUCGAAAAACAUUUCAAAAGCUACCGGGAGUCACCUACAUGUUCUCCAACAGAAGAGCCAAGUACGAAACACUGGUCCAGGAGGUUCAUCAGAACUGGUUGACUAAAAGGAACAACGCUGACGGCAACAACAACAACAACAACAACAAGAUCUCAAGAAUAGGCAUACUCGAAAUACACGCCAGAAACAAUCCCACAUUGCUGGAAAUCUGUUCGCAACUGCAUCAAUGGAGAGAAACAGCGGCGCAGAAUCGAGUACCCUUUUUUGCGUUUACAAUCCUUCGUGACCCAACAUCUUUUGCAAUUAGUUACUUUAACUACUAUCAUGGUAUGCAAUGGGAAAAGCGGCGAUUCGAGUACUUACCAACAGAACAAAUGACGGAAGAAAACUUUUUGAGGACCAUGCACUUGUCACCACAGUGUUUGUUUUUGACACGUUCGGAACAAGCCUAUCAAAGAAAUCAUCCAGAACUCCGGGUCAACCUGACCCAGAGCGAAUGCGAAAGUGCCUAUAAAUGCUUGCAAGGCACUAUGGAUUGGAUUGGUACCACAGAACGGCUCCACAAUGAGACUAUUCCGUUACUCAAAAACCUUCUUGUCACCAGUGGCGUGCCCACUACUGGCAAGAACCAAACAGGAACCACAUCACAGCAAGGACAACGAACCAACGUCAAGGUGGAGAACGCUGGUCCCAGGAUCUUUGGAAAGCACAAUAUUAGCAGCACCUCUUGGGAGCGGCUCGAGAGAAUGACACGGUGGGACCAAGAUAUGUACCAAAAAGCGAUAAAGGAGUACAAGUGUCAGAACAAAUCUCAAGAACUUUUCUAAGGACUCAUUAUGCCUCUUC